AUGGCGAUACUCCUGCUGAGAAACGCGAAGAUCUUACUCCAGAACCUGAAACAGAACAAAUUGAAAUUCCAGAAAAAAGAAACAAAAUUAAUGAGAAAUUACCUUUUCAGGAACCUAACCCCUUUUAUUGCAGCUCUAGUCAAGAUCCUGUUGAUGAACCAUCUCCCUCAAGUGGAAGACCACAAAGAAACCGAUUUAAAGUCGAUACAGGAAACUGCCCAGGAGAAGGAAUAUCCCUAUAGGGAAACAGUGGGAAGUUUACUGCACCUGUCUACCAGAACCAGAUCAGAUAUCGCACAAGCGGUCAAUCUAGUUAGCAGGAAGGUCGAAAACCCCACUAGAGAAGAUGUCACAAAAUUCAAGAAAAUAUUCAAAUAUUUGGUGGGAACCAAAGAGAAAGGCAUUUUGUUCAAACGAAACAAACCGAUAGAGAACAUUGAUGCUUACAGCGAGUCGGAUUAUGCUGGAGACCCAUUGACGCGAAGCGCUUCUGGCUCCGUGCUAAUGAUAGCCGAUAGACCAAUAUCAUGGGCAUCCAAGAGG